AGCAAUUUGUUCGUGUCCUGUUCGGGCAACUCUCCAAGCAGCUCUGUCGCGCUCUUCUCCAGGAUGUCUCUCUCCGAGUCUCCCCACUUCACGACCACAUCGAAACCCAUAAAGUCGGCUUCGCUACCGGGCGACGCUUACGUGCUUUCCCUAGCAGCAAUACAGUCGUGCUAUGCCGCGUCCUCGUCCGCACCGUCCAACACUAUCCAUUUCUAUGACAAGUCAAACCUGCGCCCCGUUUCGCAAGUCGCGGGGCACGACGAGGCGAUAACCACUAUGCGGGCUGUGCCCAACUUUGCUGGGGUCUCAAAAGAGACCUUGGUCUCGUGUGGCAAGGACGGCCUCGUAAAGGUGUGGGACGAGCGGACAGGAUCCGCGUCGGUUCAGAUGCAAGGGCUUGCUGCGGGAAGAAAACGCGCCCUGCUAUCUUGCGAUGUUUCUGCCAACGGGAUGACCGUAGCCGCAGGGACAGACCUGCAAGGGGACGAUGCGUCCCUUCUGUAUUGGGACCCGCGAAACCCUGCCGCACCUCUUCGCGUGCACUCCUACACCCACUCGGACGAUAUCACCGCCGUCCACUUCCUCCGAUCGUCCUCCACACCUCUGCGCAAUGUGCUGCUCUCAGUCUCGACAGACGGCCUGAUCAGUACCUCGAACGCCGAUGAGGCAGACGAAGACGAGGCUGGGCUGCACGUCGGGAACUGGGGCUGUAGUGUCGCCCAGGCCGGGUGGGUGCGCGGGCGAUCCGGUUCUCCUGGGGUGUGGGCCUCGAGCGAUAUGGAGACCUUCAGCGCAUGGUCUGGCGAACUGGAUAUGGUUUACGACGUUGACAUCCGCCAACCGUCGAUUCACGGCCAGGACCUUACGUGGGUAACGGACUAUCUCAUUGGCUGUCACAACAGCUCUGCGAUUCCUCCCUCCCGUGACAACGACUUGUGCGUCUUCGCCGGGUCGAACGAAGGCGACAUCGCUUUGGUCACUCGACCGACGCUCUCCGACGCCUCGGUACCAUGGACGCUGGAGCGUCUGUGGACCAACGCCCAUGUCGGUGUCGUGAGGUCCGCACUGUGGGACGAAGAGUCAGUCGGGGGUGCAUGUUCUUACGUCCCCGCAGAAUAA